CAGAUUUUGGUGAACCCCCACAAUACACAUAAACUAUAAAAUAAACUUCUUGUUGUUGUUGUCUGUCAUCAUUACAAGAUCUGCUGAAAUCAUUCUCUGCCCUUCGUUUUGCCCUCAAGCUUAAUACCUUAAAUUACUUGCACAUGUACGUAUGAGGAUCUCAAUUCUGAAUUUUAAGGUUAAUUAGACAAGACCACAUUUUUUCCUUUGUUCAUGUUAGGCGGUAAUCAACACAAUAAAGGGACCGCGGUUGCCGGAAACGUGGGGGUCUCAAAGGAAGGAGAAGACCCGGCAAGGAAGGGGAAACAGGGAGAUUCGGAUAAAGAAGAGUUCAACCAAAGGGCAAAUCCGUAAAUUAGAAAUCAGUCUCUUUUAAGGGGUGGUUAGUUUAACGUGCAAGCACCUCCCCCACCAUUCUCGUUUUCCCUCAACUCAAAAAACUCACACAGAAGAAACCGCAAGAUCAAAGAAAGUUCCAACAUUUUCCAAUUUGUGUAGUGUUGUAUUUGUAUCCUUUGAAUGCCCAAACAGCAAAAAGACACAACCUUUUUGUAUUUCUCCAACAACAACUCACCAAAUUAAAUCCCUUUCACGCCGACGAACCCCUGUCGUGAUUCUCCUUCUUUCUUCUUCUUCUUCCCGUUUUCAUGUGCUGUCGCCUAAUCCCGUCUCUGAUGGAGUCGUUUCUCCGGAGAAUCAUGGCGGGUUGGCCUGUCUUCGUCCAGGCGGCCACGUGGACUGUGCUUCUGAUGUUCACGGUGGCCGUCGCUUCGUUCGCGCCGGAGAUGGCUUUUGUGUCGACGGUGUCGUCGUCAUCGGCGAAGCCUUGCGGCGGAGAUGGGUUUUCGAGGAUUCCUUUGGAUUUUCCGGCAGAGAGCGUUUGCGUGCCGUCUCACAUGGUGAAGAGAUCUUCGUUGGAUGUUUGCGUGCCAACAGUCUUCGCGGCGGUGAUGGUGGCGGCUUCGGCGUGUGUGAUCAGAUCGUGCUUCGGGAUCGAGAGUGGUGUAGACAGGCAUUGAUGUUUUUUUGUUGUAAUUUAUUGAUUUAAGCAUACUGUUUUAUAUUACAUAAAUAAAAUACCAACAUCAAAGGGUCCUUAGCUCAGUGGUAGAGCAUUUGACUGCA